ACACACAUACAGAUCACAAUGCAGAAUACCGUGUUUCUCUGUGUACUUACUUCACUGCAAGAACAGUUCUCAAAAUCCAAACCCCGUCGACAAAUCAAAAAUCGAGGAAUCUGUCAAUUUCAUCGUCAAAACCAACCACUUACCCCAAAAAGCUGCCAUUUUUAUAAAUUCGCCAAAUUGUUCUCUGAUUUUGGUAUUAACUCUUCCUCGUUGUUGGUGAGGCGAAAAAUCUAAUUCUGUUCAAUUUGCAGGCUCUUAUGGGGAAAACAGGAAGAGACUGGACACAGAUCUAUGCGAUCUAUGGAGUAGACGAUUGGCAAACGCCAUUGUUUCUCCUUAUUCAUGCUAUAGCCUUUUCAAUUCUUUCGCUAAUCUUCCUCCUUUACUUUGAUUCCGUGUGCUAUCUCUUUCAACAUUUUCUCGCCGGUCCAGGAUUGGCUCGCUUUGCGGCGGGUUUUAGUGGAUCAGUCACGGCUCUAUCCGCCGUCUGUCUCUUUUUUGCCGCUGCAAACUUCUUCUACUCGGCCGUCUCCCUCCACUGGGAUAUGUCCCAGCGUAUAGUCUCCUCCAUCCCCGACUGGUCCUCCGUCAAGCAUGCACUUGACCUUGGCUGUGGCCGCGGCAUCCUCCUAAACGCCGUCGCCUUACAGCUCAAGAAAUCAGGUUCUUCCGGCCGUGUUGUCGGGCUCAAUCCGACUCAGAACGGGACAAAUCAAUUUCCCAACCCGACCAGCACCCUCCGGACCGCUACACUCGAGGGUGUUCAGGAGUACGUCACGUGCCGUCCAGGUGACCCGAGAACACUUCCCUUCAGUGACAACUGCUUCGACGUGGUGGUGUCGGCCGCGUUCGUGCACACAGUUGGAAAAGAAUUCGGACCCAAGUCAGCCGCGGCGGCGGCUGAGCGGAUGCGCGUGUUGGCUGAGGUGGCGCGUGUGUUGAAACCCGGCGGAGUAGCUGUGGUGUGGGACAUAGUGUACGUGCCGGAGUAUGUGCAGAGACUACACGAAUGGAAGAUGGAGGAGAUUAGAGUGUCGGAGCGCGUGACAGCUUUCAUGGUCAGCAGCCACAUCGUAUCAUUUCGGAAGCCACGUCAGCAUUUUAUAGGGUCCAAUGAAGUGAGAUUAGAUUGGAGAUUCAACAAUCUCUGUUGAAAAAAAAUAAUAAAAAUAAAAAAUAAAAAUCAUAUGAAAAGUCAUAUGAUUAUAGUA